CGGCCGGUGAGCUGCACGCAGAAUGGGCAGGUGCUGUUUCUACACCGUAGGGACGCUGUCCCUGCUUCUGCUGGUGACCAGCGUCACGCUGCUGGUGGCCCGGGUGUUCCAGAAGGCGGUGGAGCAGACGAUCCAGAAGAAUAUUGUGUUAAAGAAUGGUACGGAGACCUUUGACUAUUGGGAGACGCCUCCAUUGCCCGUGUACACCCAGUUCUAUUUCUUCAAUGUCACCAAUCCCGAAGAGAUCCUCAAAGGGGAGACCCCACAUGUUACAGAAGUGGGACCAUACACCUACAGGGAGCUCAGAGACAAAGAAAAUAUACAAUUUGGGAGCAAUGGAACAACAGUAUCUGCUGUUAGCAACAAGGCCUAUGUUUUUGAACGAAAUCUAUCUAUCGGAGACCCUAAAAUUGAUUUGAUUAGAACACUAAAUAUUCCUGUAGUGAGUGCCAUGGAAUGGAGCCAGAAACACUUCCUCAGGAGUCUCAUCGUGGUCAUCAUGAAGGCCUACCAACAGAAGCUGUUUGUGAUACACACUGUCCACGAGCUGCUCUGGGGCUACAAGGAUGAGCUCUUAUCCCUCAUCAGUGUGUUUAAACCCAACAUCUCUCCCUAUUUCGGUUUGUUCUAUGGGAAAAAUGGUACUAAUGAUGGAGACUAUGUUUUUCUAACUGGAGAAGACAAUUACCGUAACUUUUCAAAGAUUGUGGAAUGGAAUGGAAAAAAGUCACUUGACUGGUGGGGAACAGAGAGCUGCAAUAUGAUUAAUGGAACCGAUGGAGAUUCUUUUCACCCACUAAUAACCAAAGAUGAGAUCCUUUAUGUCUUUCCAUCUGAUUUUUGCAGGUCAGUGUAUAUAACAUUCAGCGGAUUUGAAAAUAUACAGGGACUCCCUGCUUUGAAGUAUAAGUUACCUGCAGAAAUAUUAGCCAAUACCUCAGAAAAUGCUGGCUUCUGUCUACCUGAAGGAAACUGUCUGGGCUCAGGAGUCUUAAAUGUCAGCAUUUGCAAGAAUGGUGCACCCAUUAUUUUGUCUGCCCCACACUUUUACCAAGCAGAUGAGAAGUUUCUUUCUGCCAUAGCAGGCAUGCAUCCAAACAAGGACCAUCAUGAGACAUUUGUGGACAUUAAUCCUUUGACUGGAAUUAUCCUAAGAGCAGCCAAGAGGUUCCAAAUCAACGUUUACGUCAGGAAAUUAGAUGAAUUUGUUGAAACUGGAAACAUUCAAACGCUCGUUUUCCCAGUGAUGUAUCUAAAUGAGAGUGUUCUAAUUGACAAAGAGACUGCAGAUCGCCUGAAGGCUGCGCUUAACACUACCGUGAUCGUCACCAACAUACCCUACAUCAUCAUGGCACUCGGUGUAUUCUUUGGUUUGAUCUUCAUUGGACUUGUGUGCAGAGGACAGGGAUCCAUGGAUGAGGGAACGCCAGAUGAGAGAGCACCCCUCAUUCGGACCUAA